AUGAAUGCCGCGUCCGCAAAAUCCGGUGCAAUGGACGCCAACCAUGUGAACCAUGUAAAGACUUUGAACGUUAUUGUACAUUUACAUCGACACGGGGCCAACUCCCAGUUCCCGUCGGCUCAACUCAAUAUUGAAGUCACUAGCAUCUUUGACUCUCCGCCUGGGUCGCCCACUAACACAGACGCUCUUGGCUCGUUGGAUUCGAGCUCUGAAGACCACCUGGAGAACAUGUUGGAUGGUAAAGGCCGACUCACCUCUAACAAAAACUCCACAGAGUACUAUGGGGGUGGUUCGGGUUUUGCGUUCCUUCAACAGACGCAGCUGCUGUUUAAUCAAGACACUCCCGCGACUGAACCACGAAACGGUAGCCACCUUUCACUUGAUGCUAUGUCCAGGCUUUUCGAUUCGCCACUGCCAGAUAAGCAGGCACUGGCAACCGAUAUUCCCAUCUCGAAGUUGCUACCCUCUAGGCAGUCAGCCACAGAGUUGUUGCAUGCCGUGUUUGGACAAACCUAUCAAUUGUUACAAUUUCUCCAUGAACCCACUUUUCAGAAGCAGACGGACCGAAUAUAUGACCUUGACCCAAUGGACUUUGAAGAUUCUGACCACGAUUUUCUACCACUCUUCUACUCAGUAACUGCCCUGGGAUAUCUAUUUCAUCAGAAAGUGCACCACAAAUAUGGAUGCAGAGGCGCCGUCAACCAAGCAAUGCGACACUUCAUUGCAGCUCGACGAAUGGUCGACCUCGACCGUUGUCGCGAUAUUUCAACUCUCCAGACGUUGCUCUGCUUUGUCCUUUUCCUGAUGUCAACUGCCCGUCUAGCUACAGCACACACCUUUAUCGGACUGGCUGUUGCAGCUGCCAUGAGGAUGGGACUGCACUCUCAAGCAUCCUGUGAAGGGCUGUCUGACCUCGAGAAAGACAUCCGACGCAGAACGUUCUGGACGAUAGUUAAACUGGACAUCUACAGUGGUACAGUCCUUGGACUUCCAGGGAUGAUCAAACUUGACUAUGUGGAUCAGCCGAAACCCAGUGGCCACAUUAAUGACUAUGCGGACGAGGACAGCGGUGGGUUUGCCUCUCUGAGCACCAGACGGAUGUUCGCAGCCUCGGCGCAAUAUCUAGAUGUCCUUUUGAUUAUGAGCAAAGUGGUGCAGAAGUUAUAUCCAAAGACCGACUCCGAGGCUCAUCGCGAGGGUGAGCCUAAAAAGAUCUAUGUUAGCAACGCCACUAUACUCGAGAUCGAGAAUGAAUUCAAAGCUUGGAGAGAUGGGUUGUCUGACUCACUGGGUCUGGACGACGAGGACAACAACGCAAGCAGCAUUGUUUACGAGUUGGAGAUGGUCCACAACUUCGGUUACAUUCUGCUUUAUCGGCCAUUUUUGCAUUACCUGGCAAAGGCCAGGAGUGAGAAUCCUCCAGACGUACGACUUUUGCGAUGUGCUGCGUGCUGUGUCAAGAUAUCUAGGUUUACCAUUUCCCGGUCCAACGAGAUGCUCCAAAAAGGGUUCCUUGCUCCAGCUGCAUGGCAAUCGGUAUACACGGUGUUUCUAGCGUUAGUUACGCUGGUUUUCUUUCUUGCUACACAGCACGGCAACAAGGACUAUGCCGUCAUUCAGAAGGAGACUGAAACAGGAGUCCGAAUCCUCGCCAGGACAUCUUGCCAGGAUAUUGGUUCGAGAAGAUGUCUGGACGUUUUGAGAGUGCUUACCAAGAGGCUCUCACACAUUAUCAACCUAGACAUAGACGAGAUCUCCGCAGGAGUUCAAAUCUACUGCCAAGAUAGCAAUGGGGACACGGCUGUUCCGGAGCCAGGAGUAUAUCCCAAUGAUUCUUACUCUUCUCUGCUGGGCCGUUUCCGAGGGAGCAGCAUGAGAGAGCCGCCGAGUCUUCCAAAUAGCCAACAGUUUGUGUUCCAACAUUCAUCCGGAACCCUGCAAGGUCCUCCGUUGCACGGCGUGCUUAACGCAACACAAAUCUAUUCUUCUGAAUCAGUGGCUUAUCCGGCUCAAACAUCGACUUGGGAACAAGUGGCAGGAUGGCCCACCGCGGCAAGCAGUCCUUAUCUUGCAAGGCCAUCUUUGAGUCAUGCUUCCCCUCCACCUCCCAUGGACGUCUCUGAAUCCCUUCCACAUUCCGACAUGGAAGUGCCCUACGCCGACGGGUUCGCAUGGCCCUUUCAAAUGACAGCUCACGCAGGGGAUGGACGUCACAACAGUACCGAUCCAUCCCAACCACAGUCGGAAUCCCAUGGACUUACACCUCAAGAUAUUGCUGCCUUUAUGCGAAUUAAUCCUGGAGACGAACCAUUCCUUUAG